AUGGCGGCGGGAGUGGCAGCGUGGCUGCCCUUCGCCCGGGCGGCGGCUAUCGGGUGGAUGCCGGUGGCCAGCAACCCCAUGCCGGCCGCCCCGACCCAGAGGAAGCGCUCCCAGGACGGGCUCGUCGUGUUGAACGUGAGCGGCCGGCGCUUCCAGACCUGGAGCAACACCCUGGAGCGCUACCCGGACACCUUGCUGGGCAGCUCGGAGAAGGACUUCUUCUACCACGAGGAGACGGGCGAGUACUUCUUCGACCGCGACCCGGACAUCUUCAGGAGCAUCCUGAACUUCUACCGCACCGGGAAGCUGCACUACCCGCGGCACGAGUGCAUCGCGGCUUACGACGAGGAGCUGUCGUUCUUCGGCGUCAUCCCGGAGAUCGUCGGCGACUGCUGCUACGAGGAGUACAAGGACCGCCGGCGGGAGAACACGGAGCGGCUGCUGGACGACGCCGAGGACGAGACCGGGCAGGACCGGCUGCCCUCCAUGACCGCCCGGCAGCAGGUCUGGCGGGCGUUCGAGAACCCGCACACCAGCACCUUGGCGCUGGUCUUCUACUACGUGACCGGCUUCUUCAUCGCCGUCUCGGUCAUCGCCAACGUGGUGGAGACGGUGCCGUGCGGGCUGGCGGGCGGCCACCACCCGCGGGAGCUGCCGUGCGGCGAGCGCUACGCCCUGGCCUUCUUCUGCCUGGACACGGCGUGCGUCAUGAUCUUCACGGUCGAGUACCUGCUGCGGCUGCUGGCGGCCCCGAGCCGCUACCGCUUCGUGCGGAGCGUCAUGAGCAUCAUCGACGUGGUGGCCAUCCUGCCCUACUACAUCGGGCUGAUCAUGACCGACAACGAGGACGUGAGCGGCGCCUUCGUCACCCUCCGGGUCUUCAGGGUCUUCCGGAUCUUCAAGUUCUCGAGGCACUCGCAGGGCCUCCGGAUCCUGGGCUACACCCUCAAGAGCUGCGCCUCCGAGCUCGGCUUCCUGCUCUUCUCGCUCACCAUGGCCAUCAUCAUCUUCGCCACCGUCAUGUUUUACGCCGAGAAGGGCUCGUCGGCCACCAAGUUCACCAGCAUCCCGGCCGCCUUCUGGUACACCAUCGUCACCAUGACCACCCUGGGGUAUGGUGACAUGGUACCAAAGACCAUUGCUGGGAAGAUUUUUGGUUCUAUCUGCUCUCUGAGUGGUGUGCUGGUUAUUGCCUUGCCAGUGCCUGUGAUUGUCUCAAAUUUCAGCCGUAUCUACCACCAGAAUCAGCGGGCCGACAAGCGUAAGGCUCAGAAGAAAGCCAGGCUUGCUCGAAUUCGUGUGGCAAAGAGUGGGAGUGCUAAUGCGUAUAUGCAAAGCAAGCGCAAUGGCUUACUGAGUGAAUCACUGGAGCAGAUGUUUAAUGAUGAAGAACAAGCCCUAGUGGCGAAGACGGGGUCUUCAUUUGAAAGGCAGCAUCACCAUCUCUUACACUGCUUAGAGAAAACCACGGGAUUGUCCUAUCUUGUGGAUGAUCCCCUCUUAUCAGUUCGGUCUUCAGCAUCCAUUAAGAAUCACGAAUUUGUCGAUGAGCAGAUGUACGAAGAGAACUGUCUUGAACGUUCCACGGGAAAUCGUGUCGUGUCUCGCAGCCCCUCUCUCUCCUCACAGCACGGCUUGACUGGAACAUGCUGCUCAAGACGCAACAAAAAGACUUUCCGGCUCCCAAAUUCUAAUAUCUGCCUCAGUCGGCCUGGAAGUGUACAGGAGCUUAGUACUAUUCAGAUACAAUGCGUGGAGCGGACUGGCCUGUCUAAUAGCCGAUCCAGUUUGAAUGCAAAGGUAGAGGAAAGCGUCAAACUAAACUGUGAGCAAUCCUACAUAACAACAGCAAUAAUAAGUAUCCCAACCCCUCCUGGCACAACACCUGAAGGAGAUAACAGGUCUGACUCCCCUGACAUAUCCGAACGCAACAUUGUGAAAGUGUCAGCACUGUAAAAAAAAGGGAACUGUUGAAUAGCAGCCUGGAAUGUCAUCUGACCACUUGUGUUGUGUUCAUGCUAUUGGAGAAAAAGAACAGAAUGUCACAGAUUGGAGACAAAGAAAAGAAAAUCGAUGCUUUUCCUGAUAGUUUUGCAUUUCGAAGCCCAUGACGACAACGACCAAAGCAUGGAAGGAUAAUUUUAAGGGAAGUUUGGCAUCAGGGUUGUGUAAUAUUGACAUGAGCUGCGCAAAAGGAGUUAUAAUUAAGCUCGAAAUAGGUUACGAAACAUUCUGCAGAAAACGUCUUUGCAGUUGAGCACAAUGAGACUUUUUUCUCUCUCCUUUCCACCCCCACCUCCCACCCAUUUAUGUUACAUUUCCUGUCGAGACAGCUCUUUUUAUCACUAACUCGCCUGACGUGGAAAAACGUCUGCAUGGGAAACAAAAACUCGCAAACUUUUCAAUGCAUCAAUAUGGGAUUUUCUUCCCAGCAGCAAAAGUAAAAUGAACUUGUUGAAGUUGAAUUGUAAAGACAGAAGUAAUUGUAAAGAAGUGAAUCAAAGACUGGUGCAUUUUAAAUGAAACAAAGACCACUGCAAUGCAUGUUAACAUUUUCUUGAGGCACAUUUCCUUCUUCAGUGCAGUCAGUGGGGAUUCACCAGCAUCGAGACUGUUUCCUCUAAGAUGACCGGGGAAAGGCUGCUUGAAAGUUUUUGAUAAGACUGUUGUUCAGUGAUCAAACACGGUUUAGUGAACAAGAGAGUAAGAGAGUUUUAGCUAUCAGUUUCUGUGAACUGCACUAAAAGUUAGUGACCAUCGGUCCUCAAAUUCUCGAAGACACUGAUACUUGUAUUGAGACCAAUUUGAGCUGAGUACAACCAAGUCAAAAUUUUUAUCCUGAAUUUUUGCUUUCUGUUUAAAAACUUUUAUAAUUAAGGACGGGUGGGUGAUUUUUUUCAGAAAGUACUUGAAUAUGAGAAUUUCAGUCAUGUGUUACA